AUGAUGAAGAUCCCAGUUCUGGGGCUGGGCACCUGGAAGGCAGGUCCAGGAGAGGUGACUAAGACAGUGAAGGUGGCCAUUGACAUGGGGUACAAGCACAUUGACUGUGCCUCCCUGUACCACAACGAGAGUGAGGUUGGAGCAGCCGUGUAUUCCAAGAUCGUAGACGGCAUCGUGAACCGAAAAGAUAUCUUCGUUGUCAGCAAGCUGUGGUGUACCUGCCACAAGAAGUCCUUGGUGAAAACAGCAUGCAUCAAGACUCUGAGGACCCUCAAUUUGGAAUAUGUAGACCUUUACCUCAUGCACUGGCCUAUGGGAUUCCAGCAUGGAAAGAAAGAGUUGCCUUUGGAUCACUAUGGCAGGGUUAUACCCAGUGAGACUGACUACCUGGACACAUGGGAGGCAAUGGAAGAACUGGUGAAUGCAGGACUGGUGAAGGCUAUUGGAGUGUGCAACUUUAACCAUGAACAACUUGAUAGACUUUUAAAAAAGCCUGGUUUGAGGCUCAAGCCACUGACUAACCAGAUUGAGUGCCACCCAUAUCUUGCUCAGGAGAAUCUGAUUAAGUUUUGCCAAGAAAGAGGUGUGUCCGUGACUGCCUACUAUCCUUUUGGUGGCUCGUGGAAGGGGACUGACUUAGUGGAUGACCCUGUGCUUCAGAAAAUUGCACAGAAACAUGGAAAGACUGCUGCUCAGAUUUUGCUCAGAUUUCAGAUCCAGAGGAACGUAAUAGUGAUUCCCAUAGCUGUCAAUCCACAGCAAAUUCAAGAAUAUAUGCAAGUGUUUGAUUUUGAGUUAACAGCAGAAGAUAUGAAUGAGAUCCUUAAUCUAGACAAAAAUCUCCGACUGGUCACAUUUCCCACAACUGAAGGUCACAAGGACUACCCUUUCCACGCAGAGUACUAA